CACAAAGAACCUGAAUAUGUGUUGAGUUUAUUCUGAAUUUCACCGAUCUGGGGUCCGGAGAUGGGGAAUAAGAAGAAGGGGACGCCAUGGGAGUUAAGACCUUGAAAGCGAGGCGUUGGAGCAGAGCAGCCACAAGAUGAACGACAGCCUCCCGAGAGCUACCCGCGACCAACAGACAAGGGGCAGCCAGGGGGAAUUUUCUCGCGCCGGACCCAUGGCAAUCAAGCCGCGAAAAUGGCGUUCGCGAGAGCUCCCUCCACCAGACCGUCUCCCCGCGGCGGUGGCCGCACGUUCUGAGCGCGAGAUAUAGCUACCGCCGAUCCGUGCUCUGUCUCUGGGCAGACGCAGCAGUGCCAGCGGACGGGGUCGAGCAUGGGCGACGGACGCAGAGCGCCGGCGGCCGGCAAGCCGCAUCACGGUGACGCCGACGACGACCCCGACGAGCUCGGGGUCUUCGCCGCCGAGCGCUACUUCUACGGGGACGACGCGCUGUGGUGCGGGCGCUCGUCGUCGUCGCUGUCGUCCGCGUUCAGGACGGGGACCGGGACGAUCGAGCACGACCGGUCCGUCCCCACGCCCACGGCGGCCACCAGCUCGUCGGAGGCCAGCUGGAACAGCCGCUCCGCGCUGCUGCCCAACGAGCCGCCGCCGGCUGACAAGUUGCGCGCUAUCGCCAGCGGCGCCGCCGGCGCUCUGGCCGUCGAAGCGGAGCCGCCUUCCGGGGCGGAGAGUGAGCGCACCGGCCGCAGGCGCGCUUCGUCGACGUCGUCUAAUAACCUGCGGCGGUGGCUUCUUGGCGUGGCCGGGUGCGCUUGUGCCGGGGGUGAUGGCGACGGCGAGGAGUCGGUGAGUGCCGACGAAAUGGAAGCCAGCGGCGACGUUCUCGGUGCUUGUGGCGAGAAAUGUAACAGCGAUGCGCGAAGGCUGUCUCCAAGAACAGAGUUGAUCCUGGAGCCCGCGUUCGAGGAGGCCGCCGCGGUGACGGUGAGGCCUGGCAGCGGCAGAUGGCUCCUCGACGGCUACAGGGUCCUCCCCGGAAGGGAUGCGUUCUCUCCCAUUGAGAUCGCAGGGCACGGUCACCGCCGGUCCGCCAACUUGGUUGAGAUGUCCACGCCGGCGGUCUUGCAUCCCGCAGCGACAGGCCCCUCCUACGAGCGGCGGCGCGUCAAAUCUUGGGAAAAGUUCAUGCCGUUGGGCCCUGCGACGCAACAAAACUCCGCCUUCACAAUCGUCGCCGGGAAUGCUCCGCGCACGGCCGGCGGCGGCGGCGGAGGGAGCCUUGGCUCCGAGGACGACAGCGCGGCCCCGAGCGAGCUCGGGUGCGCGUACCCGCCGAGCGAGGCGAGCGUCGUCUGGAGCGUGGUCACCGCGGACGGCGCGGCGUCUGGCAACUUCUCCAGCGCGGCGUCGGGGUACUACUACCACUACUUCAGCUGCGGCGAGGGCGGUGGCUCGUUGCGGCACGCCGCCGCGGCGAAGAGUGACCGGAGGAGGAAGAGCGGGAUCGCCACCACCACCACCAGCCUGCUGGCGUGCAUGAGCGACAAGGCGGUCAACGCCGUCGGGCCCGCUCAGUCCGUUCACCGGCCGGAGGUCGAGCCGGCGGUUGCCGCCGCGAGGCUGGGAGCUCGUGGCGGCAGCCGGAACGGCCAUGGUGGAGGGUACAACGACGUGAUCCGCCGCCGGGUAGGUAGGUAGGUGUUGGGCUUAUUUGAGCUGUGAUCUGUGGACAGGGCUGCCUGCAAGGACUAGCUGUUGUUUGAUUUUAGCUAAAAUUUCAAGGUUUUUUCCUGUGAUCGAGGAGAAUCGAGAAGAGAACACUUUUGUGUUCGACGUAUACUCUUUUUUGGGGUUUUUUUUUGUUGGUAGAUGAUGAUGGUGUGUCUUGAAAACUGUCGGCGACUUGUACAUUGGACAACCACACACAUGAUAGUUAUGAAAAGAACUGCUUGCAAGUGGUCAAGGGGGAGCUUAUCACAAUACUACAGCCAAGGGGUGGAGACAGGAAAAUAUUCUUGAUGGGGGCUCAAAUGGUGUGAAGAAAACAGAGGAGAGGGCACUUGUGUUCGAGAUAAUCUGUAGGAUUUGAUGAUGUGUGAGUUUUCAGUACUGUCGCUAUCUGUACAUUCGACUAGAGAACUGCUUCCAAGAGUUGAAAACGGAGCUUAUCUAGAAAUUUAGAACUAAGCCUUAACAAUUUCUUCU